UCCUCUCCUCUCUCUCUCAGCACUACCGACUGGCCACUGAGCUCCCCCGAUCACAUGGAGGUGCUCUCUGUCAAAGUGCCCAUAUCUUCUGUCUCCAGCCCUGUGAGUUCUGUGUCUGGCCUGGGCGGGGCCUUCAUGACUGACCACGACCAAUCCAUGCUCUCCAGAUCUGCAGGCGGGGCCAUGGGAUUUGGCUGUGGGGCAAUGGACUUCAGAGUCGGGACUGACCUCCCCUUCCCCUUGCUGAUUGGUCAGGACAGUAUGAUGUCAGAGCUGGAUAGCCAACCAGACGCGGAGGCCUCGACUUCAGACACGCCCCACUCCUUUGAGCUAUGCCCCCCCCGCGGCCCCAGCGACUGCACCUCGUCCUCCUUUGACAUCGUGUUCGAGGACUCGGGCUGCGACCGUGACGCCGACCCUGACCCUGAGGUCAUGACCCCCUCAGAAGCCUCCGGAUUGGCCAGUACCCCACUCACUGAGAAGGCUAGCUCCUCCUCCUCCCACACCAGAAGAGCCGACCCUUUCCCCGUACCCGUCCCACCCUCCUCCCCCUCCAUCCCUCCCUCCUCCUCUCCUCCGCGCCCCACCUCCCUCUGCCUGGCCCCAAGCCCCUCCCGGACCCCCCCAACCCUGCGGCCCCAGCCCUCUCCUAAGGUGUACCUGUACAUUCAGAUGCAGCUGUGUCGUAAAGACACCUUGAAGGACUGGAUGUCUCAGAGAUGUCUGCCUGAACACAGGGAACAUUCUCAGUGUCUGGGCAUAUUCCUGCAGAUCUCUGAGGCCGUUCACUUCCUCCACAGCAAGGGCCUGAUGCACAGAGACCUCAAGCCCUCCAAUAUCUUCUUCACAGUGGAUGAUGUGGUGAAGGUUGGGGACUUUGGUCUGGUGACAGCCAUGGACCAGGAAGAGGAUGAGGAUGAUUCAGGACCCCUAACUCCCAUGCCCAGCUAUGCCCGUCACACUGGACAAGUCGGCACCAAACUAUACAUGAGCCCAGAGCAGUUGUCUGGGGACCUGUACUCUCACAAAGUGGAUAUCUACUCUCUGGGUCUGAUCCUGUUUGAACUGCUCUGUCCCUUCAGGACACAGAUGGAGAGAGUCAGGACUCUGACUGAUGUCCGAGGGCUGCAGUUUCCUGCUGUCUUCUCCAAGAACAACGUCCAGGAGCUGGGGAUGGUCCGUAGCAUGUUGUCCCUCAACCCGGCGGAGCGUCCUGAGGCUGCUGACAUCACAGAGGAGCCUCUGUUUCAGGAACUGGAAGUCCCGUGUCGCCUGGCGGUCCGACAACGGUCCCGGACAUACAGCGCCUCGUCAGCCGGAUGGCCUGCGCGUACCUCUAUUGCCUCUUCCUGAACACACACACACACACACACACACACACACACACACACACACACACACACACACACACACACACACACACACACACACACACACACACGCCAGUCACCCCUGUUCCCCCAUUCCCAGUCGAAUGACAGACAGAACCUCCUCAUCACACCUUCUCCCUCUUACACACCACCAAAGAGACCCUGUAGGACAUCUCUCUCACAUUGUUCCCAUCGGUAACCCUUCUACGGUAACCCUGCUACGCUAAUUCUACUACGGUAACCCUGCUACGCUAAUUCUACUACGGUAACCCUACUACGGUAACCAUUCUACAGUAACCCUUCUACGGUAACCCUACUACAGUAACCCUUCUACGGUAACCCUGCUACGCUAAUUCUACUACGGUAACCCUACUAUGGUAACCAUUCUACAGUAACCCUACUACAGUAACCCUUCUACGGUAACCCUGCUACGCUAAUUCUACUACGGUAACCAUUCUACAGUAACCCUACUACAGUAACCCUUCUACGGUAACCCUGCUACACUAAUUCUACUACGGUAACCAUUCUACAGUAACCCUACUACGGUAACCAUUCUACAGUAACCCUUCUACAGUAACCCUUCUACGGUAACCCUACUACGGUAACCCUACUACGGUAACCCUACUACGCUAAUUCUACUACGGUAACUUUUCUACGGCAACCCUACUACGGUAACCCUACUACGGUAACCCUUCUACGGUAACCCUGCUACGCUAAUUCUACUACGGUAACCCUUCUACGGUAACCCUUCUACGGUAACCCUUCUACAGUAACCAUUCUAUAGUAACCCUUCUACGGUAACCCUUCUACGGUAACCCUCUUCUACGGUAACCCUUCUACGGUAACCCUACUACGCUAAUUCUACUACGGUAACCCUUCUACGGUAACCCUGCUACGCUAAUUCUACUACGGUAACUUUUCUACGGUAACCCUACUACGGUAACCCUUCUACGGUAACCCUACUACGGUAACCCUCUUCUACGGUAACCCUCUUCUACGGUAACCCUCUUCUACGGUAACCCUUCUACGGUAACCCUCUUCUACGGUAACCCUUCUCCCACACUGUUUGUUUAUUCAAUCUCUCCCUCGUGUUGAACCCUGUUACCAUAUCAACCAUAUCUAGAUGACACCUUGUUCUAACAUGAACUGUCCUUAACAACUGGUAACUAGUACUGACAACUAGUACUGGUAACUAGUACUGAACUAGUACUGGCAACUAGUACUGGCAACUAGUACUGAACUAGUACUGAGAACUGGAGGCUGAGACAGAAAUGCCUGACUUGGGAGAGACGUUUUCCUGCUAGUCCUCUUUAAGAUGAUUUAAAUGUAUUGCUUAGGCCUUAGGAGGUUUGUGAGGUGUGUGAACUGCCUUGGUGUUUGUGAAUCUGACCUGCCUUGGACCAGGAGACCUGCUCUGACCUCCACUAGAAUGAAUUCAUGAAUGGUGCUGGGUUUCUAUAGGUAAUGAUGGGGAUCACAGGGCUGUCCGGACUAACAAAUCCUCAUGCUUUCUUUAUGUUUGUUGUAAAUGUAGAAAGUGAACUCUGUUUAAGUCGCUAGCCAGAGCAGGACAAUGAUUUUCCAAAAUGUUCUCCCUGCCAAUUUUGUAAAUAAGUCAACAACAAAAAAUGUCAAAUGAUUGUAUGUUGUUAAAGAAGGUGUGGUCACACCUGUGUAUAUAGUGACUGAGACUGUACUACGGUUCCAUUGCUUUGUAAAUGGCACAGACAGAAUGAAGCAUUGUGAUGUCCGAUGAUGGGAGAGAGAUGCUAGCUGUACUUUAUCGCUAGCUGAAUGUGACCCGGUCUCUUAAGCCCGGAGGACGCUGUGUCAUAGACAUGGUUCUCUCUGAGGAAUAGAACGGAGAGGUGUUGUAUAUCUGAGAUAACUGUCGCCUAGGGGCCAGAUUCAAUCCGAUCACGGUCCUCUCUGCACGUUUUAAAGGCAAUAUUCCCAUGUUUGUGUCGACCACAUUCACGGAAAACGCUCCGUAUGUUGGUUUUGUUGUUGCUGUUUUCCCACCUUUAUUUAACCAGGUUUAUUUACCCAGGUUUAUUUAACCAGGUUUAUUUACCCAGGUUUAUUUAACCAGGUUUAUUUAACCAGGUUUAUUUACCCAGGUUUAUUUAACCAGGUUUAUUUAACCAGGUUUAUUUACCCAGGUUUAUUUACCCAGGUUUAUUUACCCAGGUUUAUUUAACCAGGUUUAUUUAACCAGGUUUAUAUAACCAGGUUUAUUUAACCAGGUUUAUUUACCCAGGUUUAUUUACCCAGGUUUAUUUAACCAGGUUUAUUUAACCAGGUUUAUUUACCCAGGUUUAUUUACCCAGGUUUAUUUAACCAGGUUUAUUUAACCAGGUUUAUUUACCCAGGUUUAUUUAACCAGGUUUAUUUACCCAGGUUUAUUUAACCAGGUAGGCCAGUUGAGAACAAGUUCUCAUUUACAUGUUGUCAUCUCAUGUUGGCUUGAUUAGAACUUGCUCUAUAACGCGGAUCUUCCUCAGUCUGAAUUAAAUUUAGGCCCUGGACAAGAAUGAACUGAUUCUAAGUUGAGGAGGAACUCCCAAUAACAUGUUGGGCCUGAUACCUUUCAUUAUGUGAUAAACACCAUGUUUUCUCCUCUGGACAAGAGAUUACUGCUUUAGAAAAGUCUUAUCAAGUCCUUGUUACUCUUAUCACUGAUAAUUGUACUAUAAUUAUUGUUUUAUCAAUUGUACUUUUUCUAAUGAUUUUUGAAAGACUUUUUUGAUAUAAUCCUGCAAGCUUUUUUCGAUUACUGUAAAGUUUGUCUUUUGACUGAAGAAGCUGAUAAAUUUACAACAGCAGAGAUCUGGUUCUGUUGAGUUAGAUCUGGUUCUGUUGAGUUAGAUCUGGUUCUGUUGAGUUAGAUCUGGUUCUGUUGAGUUAGAUCUGGUUCUGUUGAGUUAGAUCUGGUUCUGCUGAGUUAGAUCUGGUUCUGUUGAGUUAGAUCUGGUUCUGUUGAGUGGAGAUGAGAGUCUGCUGAGUAGAUCUGGUUCUGUUGAGUUAGAUCUGGUUCUGUUGAGUUAGAUCUGGUUCUGUUGAGUUAGAUCUGGUUCUGUUGAGUGGAGAUGAGAGUCUGUUGAGUUAGAUCUGGUUCUGUUGAGUUAGAUCUGGUUCUGUUGAGUUAGAUCUGGUUCUGUUGAGUUAGAUCUGGUUCUGCUGAGUUAGAUCUGGUUCUGUUGAGUUAGAUCUGGUUCUGCUGAGUUAGAUCUGGUUCUGUUGAGUUAGAUCUGGUUCUGUUGAGUUAGAUCUGGUUCUGUUGAGUGGAGAUGAGUCUGCUGAGUUAGAUCUGGUUCUGUUGAGUUAGAUCUGGUUCUGUUGAGUUAGAUCUGGUUCUGUUGAGUUAGAUCUGGUUCUGUUGAGUUAUAUCUGGUUCUGUUGAGUUAGAUCUGGUUCUGUUGAGUUAGAUCUGGUUCUGCUGAGUUAGAUCUGGUUCUGUUGAGUGGAGAUGAGUCUGUUGAGUUAGAUCUGGUUCUGUUGAGUGGAGAUGAGUCUGCUGAGUUAGAUCUGGUUCUGUUGAGUUAGAUCUGGUUCUGUUGAGUUAGAUCUGGUUCUGUUGAGUUAGAUCUGGUUCUGCUGAGUUAGAUCUGGUUCUGUUGAGUGGAGAUGAGUCUGUUGAGUUAGAUCUGGUUCUGUUGAGUGGAGAUGAGUCUGCUGAGUUAGAUCUGGUUCUGUUGAGUUAGAUCUGGUUCUGUUGAGUUAGAUCUGGUUCUGUUGAGUUAGAUCUGGUUCUGUUGAGUGGAGAUAAGUCUGUUGAGUUAGAUCUGGUUCUGUUGAGUGGAGAUGAGUCUGCUGAGUUAGAUCUGGUUCUGUUGAGUUAGAUCUGGUUCUGUUGAGUUAGAUCUGGUUCUGUUGAGUUAGAUCUGGUUCUGUUGAGUAGAGAUGAGUCUGCUGAGUUAGAUCUGGUUCUGUUGAGUUAGAUCUGGUUCUGUUGAGUUAGAUCUGGUUCUGUUGAGUUAGAUCUGGUUCUGUUGAGUUAGAUCUGGUUCUGUUGAGUAGAUCUGGUUCUGCUGAGUUAGAUCUGGUUCUGUUGAGUGGAGAUGAGUCUGUUGCGUUAGAUCUGGUUCUGUUGAGUGGAGAUGAGGGUCUGCUGAGGUUUGGUCAAAAUAAAAUCACUUAUUUUAGAUUUUUUUAUAACCCAAACUGGGUUGAACCAAAUGGAACCAAUAAGGCUGAAACAACAGGGAGGGACCUCGCUGAACUUGUCCAAUUAAAAAAAUCUCUGGUUUCCCAUUGCAAAACGUUUUGCUACGGUGUGCACUAAUGAAUACACCCCUGGUUUAAAUGUUCAGACUAGAUCAAGUUCUUACAGUUUAUAACCUUUUUCCUUUGACCUACUGUAUGUCCCAGCAAAGAGGGUUGUUUUAUUUGUAUUCAUGUUUUACGGACUAUAUGAAGGAAUUACCGUUCUCUGACUUUUUGCCUUCAAACUCUGAGAACAUCUGCAGCAAUGACCUAAAUUGUAUUUCUGUCUGUCUGAAAUCAAGAUUUUCCAAGACCUUUAGAUAGUACUGUCAUCUCUGCUUUUAGUUCUAGAGGUAGUGUUAUAAAUGACAACUAUAGUUGAAUUAGUUUAUAAGAUCGUUAUCUAACGGAUAUUAAGUUUUUCUGUCUCUUCCACCCUCCUUCUUCUCCUCUCUCCUUCUCUCCUCUCUUCUUCUCUCCUCUCUUCUUCUCUCCUCUCUCCUUCUCUCCUUCUUCUCCUCUCUCCUUCUCUCCUCUCUUCUUCUCUCCUCUCUCCUUCUCUCCUCUCUCCUUCUUCUCCUCUCUUCUUCUCUCCUGCUCUCCUCUCUCCUCCUCUCCUCUCUCCUUCUCUCCUUCUCCUCUCUUCUUCUCUCCUUUUCUCCUCUCUCCUUCUCCUCUCUUCUCCUCUCUUCUUCUCUCCUCUCUCCUCUCUCCUCCUCUCCUCUCUCCUUCUCUCCUUCUCUCCUCUCUUCUUCUCUCCUUUUCUCCUCUCUCCUUCUUCUCCUCUCUCCUUCUCUCCUCUCUUCUUCUCUCCUUCUUCUCCUCUCUUCUUCUCUCCUCUCUUCUUCUCUCCUUCUCUCCUCUCUCCUUCUCUCCUCUCUUCUUCCCUCCUCUCUCCUUCUCUCCUCUCUUCUUCUCUCCUCUCUCCUCUCUUCUUCUCUCCUUCUCUCCUCUCUCCUUCUCUCCUCUCUCCUCUCUCCUUUUCUCCUCUCUCCUUUUCUCCUCUCUCCUUUUCUCCUCUCUCCUUUUCUCCUCUCUCCUUUUCUCCUCUCUCCUUUUCUCCUCUCUCCUUUUCUCCUCUCUCCUUUUCUCCUCUCUCCUUUUCUCCUCCUUUUCUCCUCUCUCCUUCUCUCCUCUCUUCUUCUCUCUUCUUCUCUCCUCUCUCCUUCUCUCCUUUUCUCCUCUCUCCUUUUCUCCUCUCUCCUUCUCUCCUCUCUCCUUCUCUCCUCUCUUCUUCUCUCCUUCUCUCCUCUCCUUCUCUCCUCUCUCCUUCUCUCCUCUCUCCUCUCUCCUUUUCUCCUCUCUCCUUUUCUCCUCUCUCCUUUUCUCCUCUCUCCUUUUCUCCUCUCUCCUUUUCUCCUCUCUCCUUUUCUCCUCUCUCCUUUUCUCCUCUCUCCUUCUCUCCUCUCUUCUUCUCUCCUCUCUUCUUCUCUCCUCUCUUCUUCUCUCCUCUUCUCCUCUCUCCUUUUCUCCUCUCUCCUUUUCUCCUCUCUCCUUCUCUCCUCUCUUCUUCUCUCCUCUCUCCUUCUCUCCUCUCUCCUUCUCUCCUUCUCUCCUCUCUCCUUUUCUCCUCUCUCCUUCUCUCCUCUCUCCUUCUCUCCUCUCUCCUUCUCUCCUCUCUCCUUCUCUCCUUCUCUCCUCUCUUCUUCUCUCCUCUCUCCUUCUCUCCUUUUCUUCUCUCUCCUUUUCUCCUCUCUCCUUUUCUCCUCUCUCCUUUUCUCCUCUCUCCUUUUCUCCUCUCUCCUUCUCUCCUCUCUUCUUCUCUCCUCUCUUCUUCUUUCCCUGGAUGUCUGGUUCAGUUCCAGUUCUGCACCUCUGACCUCUCCCUUGACCCCUAACCUUUGACCUCUAGUUAAAUCUAUCUGAUCUGGUGAUGAUGUAAAUAUGUUUAUUUUUGUUUUAUUUAUGUUUAAUGCCGAAAUCAAUCAGUUUUGGGUUGGUGGUACAUAUAUAUAUAAAUAUAUGAUUAAUGCACUUCGUCCCAUGAAGUGCAUUGAAAUAUGGUGACUUCUUCCAAGUCUUACAUUUAAUAAACACUUCUAUUACAUUUGUAAA